AAAACAAUCACACGAUAAACAGUUAUAACACACAUUUCUUGAAAUUCGGAAUACGUUUUGCAUGCUUUUAUUUUUAUAAGGCUGAAGAAUAUGAAUACUGUUUGUAAAAUUUUAAAUACAGAUAUCUGCGAGUUGCUGAACCAGUUGCUAAUCAGUCUGGGCUAUGGAUCGUGCAACAAGAGUUCCAGAGGAAAAAAUAAAGCGGGCAAAGCAUACUACUGUUCAAACGAGACUCAAAAAGAAGACAAUUCGCAGGUGGAAUGCUACGUGGUUAAACAUGCCAGCUAUACAAUCCACCACAAGUACCCGGGUCCCUUGAUCACCUACGAUGGCGAGGCGAUGGGUGAACCUCGUUUGAUUCGCUUUUCCGAUUUGCGAAACCGCAAAGUGGUUUCAAUGUUCAAUAGUUGCGAAAACGAGAAAGCGGAAUGUAAAGUAAAGGGCGAAGAUGAGUCUUCUGAAGAAGUGUGUUUUUCGGAGAAGAUGGUUCUGGAAGAAACUUUUUCGGAAAAUGAAGGACUCCACAAUGAAAACGGCGAAGACGACUUUAUGUCUGAACAUAAAUGUCCACCGGAAUCUAAUAGUGAUAGCGAAUGCAUGAUGCAAUGUCCUCCCGUAAAACAGGAAUUGAGCGAAGAGCAGAGCCAGACAUCGGUAGAGGACGUUUGUGAUGAAAAUUCAGCAGAGGAAGCCAAGACAGAGGCCUCCAAGGUGCAGGAAAAUAUACUGCAUUUGGUGAAAACCCUUUUUCCCAAGGAUCCUGGCACUCAAAAAAGCAAGGCCAGAGAAAGAAAAACACGCUGUAAAUCCUCCUUUGAAAACCAAUGCGCAAAAACUGAAAAAUUGGCCAAAAAGUUGUACAAAAAGUUCGUAGAAAAACAGUGUGAAGGAACUGAUUCACCUGCCUGGGAGUUCCUGACACCCGCGAAGAAGCUGCGCUUCCAGUGGAAGGCCAUCACAGGUGAUGAGUUACAGAAGACCCCCUACGAAAAUUUUCGCAUUAGUUUCUUGAAUAGCUUUUGCAGAAGGCACCCCCGGACCUCGGGUCGUCGCUUGAGAACCGAAUUGCGAACCCACUGGUGUCAACUGGAGCGCUCUCAGCGGCUGCCGUUCGCGCUACUGGCCUUACUGUACUACGUAUCCCAGGGAAGUGUGGACCCAGAAGAUCACUGUGCUGUGCGUGAACUUUUCGACAGAUUGCAUGUUGCGGCCAAUCUAUUUUCGUGCGAAAAACUCAAAAUCUGCAGCCCCACUCUACCCCUUCUGGAAGCCCUCGGCGCUCGAUGCUCUUGAACCAGAUUCGCUGUGAAUAAUGGAUCCUCUACUUUUCGCCAAGGUCGUUCUUGACAUGGCAUUGCCACUCGAUUAACAAUUAACGCCGCAGCAGCGCUCAGCAUUCAAGGUCGCGCAGAAUUAAGACAACAAGGCAAGUACCCCACCACCCAGAAUCCCGAUGGACGUGUAGUAGAAGGAGGCCAAAUCAAUUUCCCAUGCGCAUAUAUUAGCCAUAAAAAUUCGUUGUACUUCAAACAGAAACAAAUAAAACAAACGAGAGGCAAA